AUCUUCAGCAAGUUGCUCUAGUGCUUACAGUGGUCACUCAAACAAAGGAAGCUACUUGCUUCCUUCAAUCCUUCCCAAAACUUGGGGUGCAUUCAUUUUCAUGUUCGGCAUAACUUCUCUCAUCCUUUUCAUCUAGUUCUUGACAUUGACUAAACAAUUUGAGCUGGUUUGGUUUUUUCGAAAUUCCAGCAAAAGUGCGAAACCAUACCUGAGAGAGUUAGAGUCUUCUCUGUUUACCAACAGAAUUCUGAUUUGUCCUCAUUCGUGGAGCUAAUUUUAGCUUCAAAAUGGAGUAUUCUCGUGUGUCCCUAUUUAUAUAUUGCAUGUCUUUCGUUUGUUUCUUCCUUUGCACCCAAGCUAGAUGGCAUCAUGACCAUACAAAACACAAGCAUCAUAGUCACCAUCAUAAAAUAUCUGAAAUUUCAGCACCCCCUAUUACUGCACCUGAGCCUUCCGGUCCUUUUACACCUGAGCCUUCCAGUCCUCUUGCACCCGAGCCUUCAAGUUGUCUUGCACCUGAGCCUUCCAGUCCUCUUGCACCUGAGCCUUCAAGUUCACUUGCAUCUGAGCCUUCCAGGUCCCCUAGUGAUGAAAAUGCCAAUAAUUCUACUGGUGUUUUCGACGUAAAGAAAUUUGGAGCAGUAGGGGAUGGCGUGACAGAUGACACAGAAGCAUUCAAGAUGGCAUGGGACUCUGCUUGUCAAGUUAAUUCAGCAGUCCUCCAUGUUCCCUAUGGUUUUUCCUUCAUGAUUCAGUCCACAAUUUUUACAGGUCCUUGUCAAGGUGGAUUAGUCUUUCAGGUUGAUGGUACUCUUAUGCCUCCAGAUGGACCCGACGCGUGGCCAAAGAAUAACAGCAAGCACCAGUGGUUGGUCUUCUAUAGAAUUAAUGGAAUGUCCCUGCAAGGAGGUGGUCUCAUUAAUGGUAGAGGACAGAAAUGGUGGGAUCUUCCUUGCAAGCCCCACAAGGGAACAAAUAGAACAACAUUGUCUGGACCAUGUGAUAGCCCAAUUGCUGUAAGGUUUUUCAUGAGCUCCAACUUGACUGUGCAAGGACUUAAAGUUAAGGAUAGUCCCCAAUUCCACUUUAGAUUCGAUGGUUGCAAGACUGUCCAUGUUGAAUCCCUUCACAUAACGGCUCAUGCCCUGAGUCCCAAUACUGAUGGGAUCCACUUAGAAAACACAAAUGGUGUUGAAAUAUAUAAUUCAGUUAUCUCUAACGGUGAUGAUUGCAUAUCCAUUGGAUCAGGAUGUUAUGAUGUGGAUAUUAGGAACCUAACUUGCGGACCUGGUCAUGGAAUCAGUAUUGGAAGCCUAGGCAAUCACAAUUCACGAGCCUGCGUCUCAAAUAUCACAGUUCGAGACUCAGUGAUUAAGGUGUCAGAUAAUGGUGUUAGGAUCAAAACGUGGCAAGGUGGAUCUGGAGCUGUAUCAGGAAUAACAUUCAGCAACAUUCACAUGGAAAGUGUUAGGAAUCCAAUUAUAAUUGAUCAAUUCUACUGCCUCUCAAAGGACUGCACUAAUCAAACAUCAGCUGUUUAUGUCUCAGACAUACUCUACGAUAGCAUCAAGGGAACCUAUGAUAUCCGAAGCCCUCCAAUGCAUUUUGCUUGUAGUGAUUCAGUUCCAUGUACAAACAUCACGCUCUCUGAUAUUGAGCUUCUUCCUGCUCAAGGAGAUAUAGUUUUGGACCCUUUUUGUUGGAAUGCUUAUGGGGACUUAGAAACACUUACGAUUCCACCUGUGUCCUGCUUAAUGGAGGGUAUUCCUCGAUCCAUCUUGGAUAAGAAGGAUAUGGAUUAUUGCUGAUGAUUUAGAACCUUCUUUUUUUUUUUUUUAUGUAAAUCAGC